AUGGCCGCUGCGAGAAUCGCAUGGAGAAACUACAUUCGAGAUGUUCUCGAUUUCUCUCAGGAUGAGGCACAAGAGAUUGUUAUUGAACAGGGCUUCAGUUCCCCUGCUUUCUUUGCCCGCUCGACGCGCGAAAAUAUUGAUUCCCUGGUGAAACAGAUCAAUCGCACUGUGAUUGAUCCAGGAAAUGAUCCUGACACCACAUUUUCCAUCAACCAAGCCCAGAAAAUCAUGCUCUACGACCUUUGCGAUUAUUGCCGAUUUAUUUAUAUGGUGGAUCGCCAACAUGAUCCAGCUUUUGGGACGCAAGCGAAUUUGGCAAAAAUCAAUCGCUAUUAUUCCCACUUGAAGAACAAGUCGAACGAAUUUGAGGAUAUUUCAGAGGUUAUGCCUCCCAAAUUUGAUAAUAAAAAUACGGUCGAACUGAUGGAGAGCUUGGAACAGUGGUUGAAGCGCAAUCGCGGAAAAGGUGGCACUUUAUUAACUUAUGUGAUCCGUGAGCAUCAAAAUCCGGACGACAAUCCAACAGCUGAUCCUGGUUUCCUUGUGCCAUCUGUGGAAGAUGAGGCAAUUCGCCGGAGCUUGCAUCGAGAGGACCAGUUUGUCGCAAAUAACAAAGCUGUGUGGAAUAUGUUAUAUUCGGUAUGCCAUGGAACCGAUGCUUGGCCUGUCAUAAAGGGAUACAAGACUACAGAAAAUGGAAGGCAAGCGUAUCUUGAUCUGGUUGCCCACUACCAGGGUGAGGGCCAACUCAAUAAGAGGCGCGACUCUGCCUACCGUGUCUUGAAUACAACCCACUACAAUGGAAAGAAAAAUUUUAGUUUUGAAAAAUUUGCGGCACGGGUUCUUGGUGCCUUUGAAGAUUUGAAAAAUUGUGGCGAUGGCAUGUCGGAACAUGCCAAGGUAACCAAGUUCUUGAGCAUGAUCAAAGAAGGCCCCCAGGGUGCAGGAUUGGACGCCUGCAAGACACUUGUCCGAGGAAGUCAAGCAUGUAUGCAAAACCUGCGCACGGCUAUCAACACUUUGCAGACUGAAGAUACGGCCCAGCAAACUCAUCGCUUAACAGCGAUUAGCGGUACAAGAGCCUUAGCUGCGGUCGACGGUGGAGGACGAAACUCCAAUCGCGGACGUGGCCGUGGUCGUGAUCGUGAUAAUGGUGGUAAUGGUGGUCGUGAUCGUGGUGGCCGUAAUCGUAAUCGUAAUCAACAUGGACGUGGCGGGGGUCGCGGACGAGGUGGUAGUCGAGACCACGAUGGUACUAUAUGGUCCGAUGAUGGCACGACCAUCCUCAACAACGGUGGAUACUCCCAAGACACUUGGAGCCGUUUCUCUGAUCGUGAUCGCCGUGUUGUCCUUCAAGCCCGUGAACGUGCUAACAGUCGUCUUAUGAGUGAACGUGACAUUGCAGAAUUGAACUCUUUGCGUGAACAAAAUCGUGACCGCCAACAAAGUGAAGAACCCGCACCUUCACCAGCUCCAGCACCCUCUUCUGGCAACGUUGGUAGCGGAGUUCGACGUGGCCGUCGCUGA